AUGGUCGAUCAACCAUGUGAAGUGGACAUCCUUUUGGACGCCCUUAAAGAAAAAUAUACUAACAGCUUUCAAGUUAAAUUUACAUCAAACAAAUUAAAAAUUAUGUUCGAGAACACUAACGACUUCGCACACUUUAAAAAUAUCUGCCAAAAAGAGAACAUAGAGUUAAGUACAGGAAAAACAACAAUUGUAGUCCUUAAAGGCCUUAUAAAACCAGAAACUAGGAUAUGCAACAGUAUUAAAAAUCAGGGCUUAAACCGUAUACCAUGCACAAAAAUCCCCACAUAUAUCAAGUAUCCAAUCUAUCGAGUCACAUUUGCACCCGGGACUUCACUAGCACAAAUUAAUCACAUCAGUCGGGCUGCACUAUUCCAGAGCUUGCAAAAGAACAUUCAAUAUACGACCCACCUGUGUAAACUGCAAGGGAAAUCAUCCCCACCAAAUUACUCAAAAUGUUUAGCUUUACUUGCUUUCCUCAAAAGAUUGACUUCCUCGCUACUUUCAAAAAUCCCAGAGGAGGGGUAGUCCUAGCUAUACGAAAUGAUAUUCCUGUUGAAGACAUCCCACAACCUACUUCUCCCAAAAUAGAAUGUGUAUCAGUACAACUAAAAAUCACACCCACACUCAUCACUGAUGCCGCUUAUGUACAUCCUACAAAAAUCAAAAUUAGACCAUCCGAUCUGGACAGCAUGAUUCCUCUUCAUAGAAUUGGAUAUUCAUCGGAGGAGAUUUUAACGCUAAACACCGCCUCUGGAACAACCUAA